CACCACCAUCGCCUCGUCUCUGUUGUACCCACGCCAGCCGGCCACGGCACCUCUCUCUGCUUGCUCCACUUGCACGCUCUCGGCCCUUGCGCCGCCCGUCUUGCGCCUCGCCCUGCCUGCCAGCGCCUCGCGCGCGCACCUGCUCCACCUGCUGGCCCGCACACGCGCACCGCGGCAGGCGCAUGGGUGACCGCGAGGCGCUGUCGCCGCCGCUCAAGCUCUCGCUGCGCCUUUCUGCCGCUGGCUGCUCGCCUGUACUCCCGGCCGACUGGCGGCGGCAGGCACGAGCCGCAUGGCGGACCACGCCCGACGACGAGGCGGCGGCGGACGACGAUGAGAACGCAGACCCGUGGGCGUGCGAGGAGAGCCCAUGGGUCAGCACUGCCGCCGUCUGGGCCCCGGCGACGGGUGCGCAGACGCAUGUGGUCCUUGGGUGCGUCGGUGGCGCGACCUGGCUCCUGACCUACUCUGCCGAGUCGCCGCCGUCGCUGCCCGCCGCCUUCUCGCCGGACGCCCUCGGGCGGGCGGGCUCGGCGCAGCCUGCCGCGUAUCUAGCCACGAGCUCGCAAGACCGGCCGCGCUCUCCCUCGCCGAGCAUCGCCAGCUCCUCCUCGAGACGCCACGUCAGCACCGCGUCGCUGUCCGGCGGCGUGCCCUUCGCUGGCUUCGCGGCGUCUGGCGCCCACACGGCCAUCUCGCCGCCGAGCAGUGCGACGCUCACGUCGGACGACAGCCUCCUGGUGCGCGCGCAGGGCGAAAGCGUGCCGGCAGAAAGCAGCAGGGACGGGCGCAGCGGCGCCGAGCGGCGUCUUGAGGCGCAGUGGCACGCUGGGCAGCGUGUCGGCCUGAUGGGCGCCCUCGGGUUGAGCUCGAAUCACUCGCACCCGCACACGACGCAUGGGUCGCCCGGCGACUCGCCGCCACGCAGCCGCCGCCACUCUGCCACGCCGCCAUUCCCUCGGCGGCGCUCGUCCAAGUCUUUUGCAGUCGCGUCAGACGCGCCGCCAGCGGACGCAGGAGCGGCAGCGGCGACGGCAGCCUCGGGCGUGCGAGAUACUUCGGCGGGCGCCCGGCUGAGCCCCAGGACGUGGCUGCGCUCGCAUUGCCCCUCUCCAGUUGCUGCUGUCAAGCCCACGCAGUACGGUCUGCUGGUGCUGCAAGCCUCUGGCCUGCUGACCCUCUGGUCGGCCGACGGCGCGGUGCACUCGUCGCUGUCGCUGCUGCCGCGCACCGCAAUCGACGACAGCGCCCCGCCCGCCGCACCGCAAAGCGGUCACAAGCACACGCGCACCCCGCUCGGCCGCUCUCGCGCAAGCAGCAAUGCCAGCGUCCUGCCACGGCCUGUGCAGCACGUGCGACGAAUGCAUGCACCCCAGUUCCGCGCUCUUGCUGCAGUGUCCGGCGCGGCAGCGCUCUGGACCGCGUGGGAUGCGGGACGCAGGUCUCUGGUCUUCUUCGACGUCGAGGAAGACGGCCGCUCGCUCCGCGUGCGGCAGCGCUGCUCUGUUUCGAACGCAUGCACGCCGCCGAGCGCACGGUCGUCGGACGCCAAGCUGACCGCGGAGAUCAUCUCUGUCGAUGCGCAGGGCGCCGUGCGCUCGGAGCACGUCGUGAUGACGGAGCCCUCGGUCGCUGCCGACGAUCACGAGGAAAGAACGCGCACGGCCUUGGAAGCUGCGGCAGCCUUCUUCCGCCGCGAGCGUCCCGAGAAGGAGCACGCCAAGGAUCCAGAGCAGGUGCCGCUCGUGUCCACAGCGGCUGCUGGCGAGGCCCAGGCAGCUCCAGGCUCUGCGAUGCAUGUCCAUCGCCGCAGCGAAGCCUCCGGCACUUCCACCCCCCAAGGCGCGGGCGCAUCGUUCAGCGGCAGCACAGCGGCGUUCUUCAAGCGUGAUGCACCGACGCCGGCCCCGCCUACCAUCACACCGCCGGCCGCGCAGCAGUGGCGCGGCACGCUCAUUGGCGAUCGGCCGCCUGCGGGUGCUGCAAUCGACGAGCAGGGCACUGUCUGGCUGUGGAGCAGCGCUGGUGUUGCAACUGCAGCCCUCAACGCGGAUGGUGUCAGCUUGCUGCAGACGUUUCCGUGCUGCUCGCCGCGCCUUCUGCAGAGCGGCGGGCAUUCGGUCAUCUUUGCCUACGACUCUCCGGCAGGUCCGCGCUUAUUCAGCGCCUCUGGCGCCGAAGCAGCGCCCGCCGCAGGCCUGCAAGUCGCCACGACGGCAGAGAACGGUGCUCUGCUGGUCGUGCGCGAGGCGCAGCGGCGGCUCUGCGUGACAAUCACCGGCACGGAGCUCCUGCCCGCAGCAGCGAACUCGAGCGACGACUGCACGGUAGUCUUGCCGCUCAACCUGGAGCGCGUUGUGACUGUCGACGCUGCCGGCACGGUGCAGGCAUCAACCUUCAACGACGUAGUGGGCGGCGCCCUGCCGGCGCCACGCGCCCUCGGCCAUGGUCCGAGCACGCGCCGCAUCAGCAUCCUCCGCGCCGUCAACAACGUGCGCACAGGUGUGCGAUACGUUGUCGGUGCCAGCCUCGAGGGCGAUCUCGUCAUCUGGGACGCAGCCUCCCUGCGGCAGGUCGCGCAGUGGGCCGUCUUUGUCACGCCGACCGCCCACAUCGUGUCGCUGCUCACCGGCGAGACGUCACGCCUGCGCGGCUGCGUCGCGGCCGUUGCUGCUGAUGGCACAGUAGCGAUCCUCCUGCUCGACGGCUUCGUGCUGCUGUGCCUCAUUCCCGGGCGCGGCGUGCCGCUGUGGCGCCUCGCCCUGCGCGCAGACGAUCUCCUGUUGGUGUACGCCGACGGGCGCGCACGCGUCUGGGACGUGUGCUCGCACGAGCUGCGGCGAAGCAUCGAUGCCGACCAGGCCAAUGCUCUCCUCGAGGAGAAGUCACCGCCGUGGUGGAGCAUGGCCCUAGGCGGGCCCGACGCGCUGGCCGACGUCGACGCGCGCGCUUCCGAGAACAGCUCUGUGGCCGUGCUCUCUGCCAGCUCGAUUUUGGACGAGGCCGGACAGAGCGCCGUCACCGCCGAUCUGCGCCGAGCAAUCGAGGCGGCGUCGCGUGCCGUGGGCUCGCCGGAUGGGCUACGAGCGCGCGGUGGCAACGAAGCGCCAGCAGAUCCUGGGCUCGGCCCGGAUGCGUUUGCAAGCAUUGGACGCAACGGCGCGCCGGAGGCACGCGCUGGCGUCAAGGAGGUCUCCGCCGGCGCAAAGAAGGCGAUCUCGAUCCUGCGUCCGUUCCUGGCCGCGUUGCUGCCCCGGUGCACCGCGUCCAGCACCGAGUUGCUGCGCCACCUUGGCCUGUCUGGCGAGCCGUCGAGCCGUCUGGCUGUGGGCGUCGUGUGGCGUGCCGGGCAUACGUGCGAGGACGCCAGCGUGUCUGCGGCCACAAGCCUGUGCAUCACGCCCGCUCUGACGGCCUACCGCCUCCUGGCGAGUACAGCGAUGCUGCUGGUGCUUGCAAACAUCCGCGAGCUGGAGGCGAGCGCGACGCGGCUGGUCUCGUCACUGGCCGUGGAUCUGGCAGCCGCCGUCGGGCCGGCCUUUGCGCACCCGUCGCUCACUGUCCUUGCCGCGCACUACAUGGACGACUGCGUUGAGCUCAAGCAGGCUGCGCGCGCCCUGUUCGACCCGGCCCUCGAGGCGGCGUCCAGCACGUCCGUGCAGGAGCUCUGCGACUCGUGGGCGGGCAAGCUGCCCUCGCGACAGGCUGCGGUAUGCGACGCCGACUCGCCGCAGGCGCUCAUGCUGCUCGGCCUGAUCGCAGCAGCGCGCUACAAGAUGCUGCCGCCGCACCUUCUCAAGGACGUCGCCGCGUCGAUUGAGGUCUCGCUCGCCGACGAGUGGCAUCCGGCGCACCAGGCGGUCGCCAUCGAGCUGUGCUGCCGUGCGUUUGUCAUCUGGCAGCACUACUUUGACGCGAUGGAGGUCGUGCGCACGCUCUUCGGCCUCGCCACGAACAAGGAGAGCGCGGCCAGCCAGGAGAUCCGCAUCCUCGCGCGCCAGGCGACGAUGCAGAUCGCCGCCGACAAUACGCCGCUCUUCAUGACGACGCUGAGCCUCGACAUUCUGCAUGCGCGCUCGCCGGCGCACUGCAGUGCCACAAUGCGGCUCGUCGCGUUCAUGGUCCGCAAGAAGCCGCUCGUGCUCUAUCCGAACCUGCCGCGCCUGGCCGAGGCCGUCGUCAAGUCGCUCGACCCGACGAUGACGGCCAUGCGCGAGGCCGUCGUGCAGGCGGCGACGGUCAUGAUCGCCGAGCUCGUGGCGACGUACCCCAUGAUUGCCUUCCAUGCGCGCAUGCAGCGCCUCGCCGUCGGCACCGAAGAGGGCGCGGUGAUCAUGUACGACCUCAAGACGGCGACGCGGCUGUACGUCAUCGAGGGCCACGCCGGCGUGCUCAGCGCGUGCGACUUCUCGCCCGACGGUCGGCGCCUGGUCACCGUCAGCGUGGGCGAGAGCAAGGCGCUGAUCUGGAAGAUCGGCAGCGGGCUCGGCAGCCUCUUCUCGCCGGGCUCGCUGCCGCGCCAGGGCGGCACGGAUGCGAGCGGCGCGUACAAGGCGAUCAGCUUUGGCGUGGGCGCCGAGGCUGCAGAUGCGAGCGCCGCCGACGUGCUGCACGCCGUCGCGUUUGAGUGGCAGGGCGAGCGGAGCGUGCGGCUGCGCGUGGGCGAUGCCAGCAUGGUGUUCUCCGUCGCCUGAGGG